AUGGCUUUGUCGGAUCUGUACUGUCCCAAACGCACAACAUUUCGUAGCAUAUUUUUGUUCAUCACCGUUAUAGUAUUAGACGUCAUCGUAUUUGUGGUAACCUGGCAUUAUGAGCCUCUUCAUAUGGCCACAGGCUCAUAUUUUCUCGAUAUUGGAGUGCCCUCCAUUCUACUGAUAGCCACAGCUGGUAGUAUAGUGAAGCUUUCCCACAUGCUCAUUCGAAAAAGCAGGAUUACAGAAAUAUCAUCUUCGAUACAGUACUUCGAUAAAACAAUUCAACGGUUGGACUUUCGCAUGCGGUGCGAUGAAGUCAAUCAGUGGUUAACCGGACUAGUGGCUGGUUUUUUCAUAGCUACACUACUCUUGUCCAUUGCGACAGGCAUUUUCGGCAAUAUGGUGUUCAACAAAAUCGGCACCAUCCUGCUGGUGGCAUUUAUCGACAUUAGCAAUAUUCCAUACAUUGUGUUCCUCAUUUUGUUCAUGGCCUGUGAGCUAAGUGUUUGGUGCAGAUUGAAGUUGCUGUGUACGUUGGUGAAAAACGGACUAAGCUUUACGGCAUCAAGGGCAAGGAAAGAUAUCGUAAUGCUCCACCAUUUGGUAGCUGGCCUGACUGAUUUACACAAUGUUCUUUCCGCUAUUGUUCAGCACAUAAACGCUUUGUUUCUAGUGCAGGUUUUCAUGUGCUUGGCCGCGUACACGUCCCUUUUAAUAUUUACCUUAUUUUCGUACUAUCGCGCCGCAGUAGUACUGGGCGAAACGGAGUACAACUUUGCCAGGUUAACGGUAGCAUGGAGCAUUUACAACAGUCUUUUCGUUUUGCCAACGAUUUUGUUUGGGGCCUGGGCGCGAAUUGAGGCAAAUAGGUUUUCUAAAUUGGUUCACCUAAUGCUGCGUACUUCAAACGAUAAUCUUCUGCAAGACCAGUUGUUAGCCCUAUCACUUCAAUUACACCAUCGUCCGCUGGGCAUUAGAACAUGUUUUGUCCCUCUCAAUUGGCCAGCUUAUGCAUCGAUGAUUGGUUACAUUAGUACCUACGUCGUGAUACUUAUCCAGUUCGAUAGCAAAGCAAUGGAAAUAUCCAAGUUAAGUCAAUAA